AUGCCCAUCCUGGAAAAAGCGCCCCAGAAGAUGGCAGCCAAAACUCCCAGCAGUGAGGAAGAGCCUGAGCUGCCCAAACUGCCAGUGCCCCCACUGCAGCAGACCCUGGCCACCUACCUGCGGUGCGUGCAGCACCUGGUGCCUGAGGAGCAGUUCAGGAGGAGCCAGGCCAUCGUGCAGCAGUUCGGGGCCCCUGGUGGCCUUGGUGAGACCCUGCAGCAGAAGCUCCUGGAACGGCAGGAGAAGACAGCCAAUUGGGUGUCUGAGUACUGGCUGAACGACAUGUACCUCGGUAACCGCCUGGCCCUGCCUGUCAACUCCAGCCCAGCGGUGAUCUUUGCCCGGCAGCACUUCCAGGACACCAAUGACCAGCUAAGGUUUGCAGCCAACCUCAUCUCCGGUGUGCUCGACUACAAGGCCCUGCUGGACAGCCACUCCAUCCCCACCGACUGCGCCAAGGGCCAGCUGUCAGGACAGCCCCUCUGUAUGAAGCAAUACUACGGGCUCUUCUCCUCCUACCGGCUCCCCGGCCACACCCAGGACACACUGGUGGCCCAGAAGAGCAGUGUCAUGCCCGAGCCCGAGCAUGUCAUCGUGGCCUGCUGCAACCAGUUCUUUGUCUUGGAUGUUGUCAUUAAUUUCCGCCGUCUCAGUGAGGGGGAUCUGUUCACUCAGUUGAGAAAAAUAGUCAAAAUGGCUUCCAACGAGGAUGAACGCUUGCCUCCAAUCGGCCUGCUGACGUCAGACGGGAGGAGCGAGUGGGCUGAGGCCAGGACGGUCCUCGUGAAAGACUCCACCAACCGGGACUCGCUGGACAUGAUUGAGCGCAGCGUCUGCCUGGUGUGCCUGGAUGCCCCGGGAGGCGCAGAGCUCAGCGACACCAACAGGGCUCUCCAGCUCCUUCAUGGCGGAGGCUGCAGCAAGAAUGGGGCGAACCGCUGGUAUGACAAGUCUCUGCAGUUUGUGGUGGGCCGAGACGGCACCUGCGGCGUGGUGUGUGAGCACUCCCCGUUUGACGGCAUCGUCCUGGUGCAGUGCACAGAGCAUCUGCUCAGGCACAUGAUGCAGAGCAGCAAGAAGCUGGUCCGAGCUGACUCCAUCAGCGAGCUCCCUGCCCCCAGGAGGCUGAGGUGGAAGUGCUCCCCAGAAAUUCAAGGCCUCUUAGCCUCCUCAGCAGAAAGACUUCAACGCAUAGUAAAGAAUCUCGACUUCACUGUUUCUAAGUUUGACAACUACGGGAAAACCUUCAUUAAGAAGCAGAAAUGCAGCCCCGAUGCCUUCAUCCAGGUGGCCCUCCAGCUGGCCUUCUACAGGCUCCACAGGAGACUGGUGCCCACCUACGAGAGUGCGUCCAUCCGUCGAUUUCAGGAGGGACGGGUGGACAACAUCCGAUCGGCGACUCCAGAGGCACUGAGCUUCGUGAAAGCCGUCACUGACCGCAAGGCUGCCGUGCUGGAUUCGGAGAAGCUGCUGCUCCUGAGGGAUGCCAUCCGAGCCCAGACUGAGUACACCGUCAUGGCCAUCACAGGGAUGGCCAUUGACAACCACCUGCUGGGGCUGCGGGAGCUGGCCCGAGACCUGUGCGAGGAGCUGCCCGAGAUGUUCACGGAUGAAACAUACCUGAUGAGCAAUCGGUUCAUCCUCUCCACCAGCCAGGUGCCCACGACCAUGGAGAUGUUUUGCUGCUACGGUCCUGUGGUGUCCAACGGGUACGGGGCCUGCUACAACCCCCAGCCGGACAGCAUCCUUUUCUGCAUCUCCAGCUUUCACGGCUGCAAAGAGACCUCUUCGGCUAAGUUUGCGAAAGCUGUGGAACAGAGCCUCAUGGACAUGAGAGCCCUCUGCAGUCUGCCACCGUCUGCCGCGGGCAAGCCACUGGCCACAAAAGAGAAGGCAACAAGGCCCAGCCAGGGGCACCACCCUUGA